AUGCAUUCCGGAUGCUUCAUCGCAGCCACAACCAAACUGGUCUGCUAUUUUACCAACCGGUCACGGUACAGAACCGGUGUGGGGAGGUUCCUGCCGGAGAACGUGGACCCUUUCCUGUGCACUCACCUGGUCUAUGCCUUCGCUGUCAUCAACCACGCCAGUGAGAUCACAGAGCAUGAGUGGAACGAGAAAAAGCUCUACAGACCAUUCACUGAACUGAAGGACAGAAACCCCAGGUUGAAGCUGUUACUUGCAGUAAACACGACUGAAUUUCUGAGAUUAGGAAAUGUUAAGUUCUCCGUUAUGGUGUCCACUCCAGACAGCCGUCAGACAUUCAUCCAGUCUACGGUCAGGUUCCUGAGGACUCAUAGGUUUGAUGGUUUGGAUCUGGACUGGCAGAACCCUGGAACUGGAGACAGUCCCCCAGAGGACAAGCACAGAUUCACUCUGCUGUGUAAGGAGCUUUCAGAAGCCUAUGAAGCUGAAAGCCAAGGAACCAGAAACACCAGACUGAUGCUCUCUGCAGCCGUGGCAGCAGAUCCAGAUGUUCCUGGUCCAGGAUAUGAGAUCUCGGAGAUAUCAAAGUACCUGGAGUUCAUCAGUGUUAAAGCCUUUCAUCGUCAUGGUGAUGGAGAUGGACUAACAGCCCACCACAGUCCUCUCUACAGUGACGAUAAUGCUAGCAUAUACUAUAUAACACACCACUGGAUGGAGGAGGGAUGCCCACCAGGGAGGUUACUGCUGGGUUUUCCCAUCUAUGCUUGUUCCUUCACGCUGUCCACCACAGCAGCAGGUCUGGGUGCUCCAGUCAGUGGUCCUGCCCCACCAGGGCCCUACACCCAGCAGAUAGGCCUCUGGUCUUACUAUGAGACCUGCUCUUUUUUGAAAGGCACGACAGUUCAGUGGAUUGACAGUCAGAAGGUCCCGUAUGCAGUGAAAGGCAGUCAGUGGGUUGGCUUUGACAACCAGAGGAGCAUCGAUGCCAAGGUGGACUAUCUAAAGAGCAGGCGUCUGGGAGGAGCUACUGUGUGGACUCUGGACAUGGAUGACUUCUCUGGACAGUUCUGUGAGCAGGGCAAAUAUCCACUCAUAUCAUACCUGGAAGCAAAACUCUGUGAAGGUGAGGCUACUGCUCUAGACCAGAUGGAUGAGCUGUAG